AUGGCUUCAGAAAUUCCAAAAGGCCGCUCUCAGGUCACUGCACCAACUCCUCAGAACACUCCCGCCACCAAUGCGCCGAUAUCCUCUCAUGCGCAGGCUCCUACGAUCGGUGACAUCCAGGAAGAGGAUCUUGACCGUGCCGCCGCGGCUUCCAUAUUUGCCAAAAACCCGGCUCUAGUCUCCAUGAUGCAGCAGAAGCUUGGUUCUCUCAUUGGCCGGCCUUCCGGUUACAUCGAGUCCCUACCAGAGAAUGUUCGUCGUCGUGUCAGCGGCUUGAAGGGUAUCCAGAAAGACCAUGCCAAACUCGAGUCUGAAUUCCAAGAAGAAGUCCUCCAACUUGAGAAGAAAUACUUUGCCAAGUUUACUCCCCUGUAUGAGAAACGGUCGGCUAUUGUCAAUGGUGAAGUCGAGCCCACUGAUGCUGAGGUUGAAGCCGGGAAAGUCGACGAUGAAGAUGAGGAAGACGAAGCCGCGGAUGACGUGGAUCAAGAAGACAAGGCGGCACAAGAAGACGUCAAGGGCAUUCCAGAGUUCUGGCUUACCGCCAUCAAGAACCAGAUCUCACUCGCUGAACUCAUCACUGAUCGUGAUGAGGAAGCUCUCCGUUCAUUGACCGACAUCCGCAUGGAAUAUCUCGAUCGACCAGGCUUCCGCCUCAUUUUCGAGUUUACUGCAAACGAUUUCUUCACCAACAAGACCAUUUCCAAGACAUACUUCUAUAGAGAAGAGAGCGGAUAUGGUGGCGAUUUCAUCUACGAUCAUGCAGAAGGUGAAAACAUUGACUGGAAGGCCGGAAAGGAUCUCACCGUACGCAUUGAGAGCAAGAAGCAAAGAAACAAGAACACCAAACAAACCCGAGUGAUCAAGAAGACGGUCCCCACCGAGUCCUUUUUCAAUUUCUUUUCUCCUCCAGUUGCCCCAACUGAUGAUGACGAUGUCGCCUCUGACAUCGAAGAGCGGCUCGAGCUCGAUUAUCAGUUAGGCGAGGACAUCAAAGAGAAGCUCAUCCCUCGUGCCAUUGAUUGGUUCACGGGUGAUGCCUUGGCCUUUGAAGAAUUCGAGGACGGCGAGGAUGCCGAAUUUGACGACGAAGAUGAUGAAGACGAGGAGGACGACGAAGAGGCAGAGUCCGACGAGGAUGAUGAAGAAGAAGGUGGUAAACCCCGAUCUCAACAACAGUCCGAGUGCAAGAAUCAGUAG